AUGUAUAAAAAUGGUUAUGCAAUUGAAAGAAUAUUAAGAUGUAAAUUAGAUAAAGAUGAUUUUGAUCAUUUACUAUUCUGGUCUGGUUCUUUAUGUCACUUAGAUAAUGAUAAACCAGAAUUUAAACAUUUUAUCAUUGGUCAACAAUGGUUAUAUACAAUGAAUCAUCCACAAAGACAAUUGGAUAAUAUAAUACAUUUCAAUUCAAUUUUAGGUAUUGAAUGUAUUGGGGAUUUAGCUAUGUUUCUAACAUGUCAAAUUACACGGAAUUAUAAUCAUAUAUGUAUUGAAUUUGUGAGUAAAUUGAACCAACAACAUCGUAUAGGUGUUAUAUCUGUAAACAGAACGAAACAAAAAGUGAAUUUUACAGAUAAGAUAGAAACAAAAGGAAAGCAAUGUCCUAUCAAAGACGAUGGGAACAUUUAUCAACAAGAUGAAAUAUUAUCCUCUAAAGUUACAUGGUAUCAAUCAAAUAAUGAAUUUGGGUAUAUGAUUACGAAGUUAAUUCAUUUAACCGAUUUUCAACAUCCCCUAACAUCAAACAAACAAUCCAUCUCAUCAUUAUCAUCUUCACCACCUCCAUCAGGUGAUAAUAUUGAAACAUUAAUUGCCAAGGCAACUAGAAGAAACACUAUAGUCUAUUCAACAACAGCUGAAAAUGAAGAUUUACAACAGUUAAUGAAUAUGUUUAAACCAUUCUUUAAAAGUGAUACCAUAAUAUCCAUGGAUACAAAUUUGAUUCAGUUGGAUAAUCAUUUAAGAGUCGUUUUCGAAAACUAUCCUUUGUAUACUUGUAAAGGAUUACCUAAUAAAGUCAUUACAGUUAUGGAACUUCUUGUAACUCAGCUUGGUCAACCUACUGACAUGCUUGGUGAAGUCGUUGUUAAAUGGGUAGAAGGCAUACAAACUCUUCUCCCUAUGCGUUUAACUGGUGGUUACUUUGGUUCUCUGCGCCUUGCACCCAAACAAACGGAGUGUUUUGUAAGAAGUCAUCUAGAGUAUGCCAUUCGUACCGGUAGAGAAGCGCGUUUUCUAAUGUGUGUUUACUUCGAAGAACAUUGGGAAGACAAUUUGGAAGAUUUACGGUCAUCUUUAAAUAUUCAGUCGCCUCCACCUCCCAGAAAACUGGAUUGAGAUGUGUUUUGAAGCACUUUAGAUAGUUACUUUGUAAAUAGUGUAGUUUUCUCUGUUUUUUGUCAACUAAAGUUUCAC